AUGGGCGUUCGAGUUUCUCUUUGUCUUUCGCUGCUGGCUAUUCUUGGUAGAACAGCUGCAGCUGAAGUUGACAUCCUUGACUAUAUUGACCCCCUGAUCGGAACUUCAGAUGGCGGCCAUGUGUUUCCUGGUGCCAGUUUGCCAUUCGGAAUGGCUAAAGCUGUGGCCGACGUUGAUAAAGAGACUCAAGGCGGCUUUGCGUCCAACGAUGGGCUGAUUACUGGCUUUUCCCAUAUGCAUGAUAGUGGGACCGGUGGCGGCUCCUCCCUAGGGAAUUUCCCUUUGUUCCCACAGACCCACUGCCCGAACGAUGACUUGAAUCAAUGCGAGUUUCCUAAGAAGCUACGCGCUGUAGAUCGAAUUAAUGGGACAGUGAAGGCUCGUCCGGGCUAUUUCGCUGUCACUCUAAACACAUCUAUCGUCGCGGAAGUCACCGUUAGCAACCAUACUGCCCUCUACAGAUUCAAUUUCCCCAGUAACCAAAGCGUUUCGAGUUCUGGCAACAACUCGUCGCCUUCUUCAUACAGCCCCUUGAUCCUAGCUGACCUGACCGAUCUGGCAAACUCGAGGACUGAUGGCAGUAUUCAGGUGGAUGCUGAAACGGGGCGUAUCACAGGUAAUGGGACUUUCACUCCGUCCUUCGGCAUAGGAACCUAUACUCUGCACUUUUGUGCCGACUUCAAUGGAGCUGAUAUCCGUGACACUGGUGUUUUCAUCAACAACCGGGCAGGCAAUGGGACCAAGAGCCUCAAAGUCUACAAGGACGGAAACAAUAAUCCUCCGUUGCCAGCAGGCGCCUGGGUGCGCUUCAGGCAGCCCGAAUCAAACCAAGUGCUGGCUCGAGUCGGUCUUUCAUUCUUCAGCACGAGCCAGGCUUGUAGGAAUGCUGAGAGAGAGAUCCAGGAUUUCGAUUUUGAGGGCACCAAAGAGAUCGCAGAGGAUGCCUGGCGAGCCAAGCUAGCGCCAGUGUCAGUAGAUGACACCGGGCUGGAUCAAUCGAUUAAAAGGAUCUUCUGGAGCGGUCUUUACCGCUCGUUCCUGUCCCCUCAAGACUAUACUGGAGAGAACCCAUUGUGGGAGAGUGACGAACCAUACUUCGACUCGUAUUAUUGUAUUUGGGAUAGUUUCAGAAGCACACACCCGCUUCUGACCUUAGUUGAUCCCCACGCACAAAGUCUUAUGGUUCGCAGCCUGAUCGAUAUCUAUCGUCACGAAGGCAAACUCCCUGACUGUCGGAUGUCACUCUGCCAAGGUUUUACCCAAGGCGGAAGUAAUGCUGAUAACCUCCUUGCUGAUUCAUACCUCAAGGGUCUCAGGGACGGGAUCGAUUGGGAGACAGGUUACGAAGCCGUGAUAUCGGAUGCUGAGGAGCAAUCAGAGAUAUGGACUGUUCAAGGGCGUGGAGGGCUUGAUAGCUGGAAGACUCUCGGGUACAUCCCAACCGAUGAUUUCGAUCCCCAUGGUGUUGGCCUGUUCACACGUUCCAUCUCUCGCACAAUCGAGUACUCAUACAACGACUUUUGUAUUGCUGAAAUGGCACGAGAUAUGAACAAGACAGGUGACGCCGAAAAGUAUCUCGAAAGAUCAGGAAACUGGGUCAAUAUGUUUGAUCCUGAUUCCCGAUCUCUACUCAAUCUAACAGGUAGUCCUGACCCAGUAGCUCUCGUCGACAGCGGCUUCCAGGGGUUUCUCCAACCAAGAUAUGCAAAUGGGACAUUCGGCUACCAAGACCCGUCUAUUUGCACCUUCCUCUUCAAUUUCACUUCAUGCUAUCUCAACGCGAAUGGCCAUGAGACUUAUGAAGGCGGCGCGUGGCUCUACACGUUUUACGUCCCGCAUAAUCAAGCGGGCUUGAUCCCUAUGCUCGGGGGACCCGAGGAGUUCACUCGCCGACUACAGUAUCUCCAUGAUACCCCGGGUCUCCUUUACGUUGGAAAUGAGCAGUCCUAUCUCCUCUUCUUCCUAUUCCAUUUCACAGGCCGGCCAGGGUUGUCCGCGGAAACGGCACACAAGUACAUACCGAGCAGUUUCAACGACACCACUAGCGGCAUCCCUGGAAACGAUGACUCGGGAGCCAUGGGGAGCUUCACCGCUCUGACGAUGAUGGGGCUGUACCCAAUGAGUGGGCAGGAUGUCUACCUCAUCAUUCCGCCUUUCUUCGCCGAGGUCAACCUCACGAAUCCUCAGUCAGGCAAGACGGCUACUAUACGCUCUAUAGGGUUCGACGCAUCAUAUGUCAACAUAUAUAUUCAGAGCGCUACGCUUAAUGGCGAACCGUACACCAAAUCCUGGAUCACGCACAGUUUCUUUGUGGAGGGCGGUGUCCUGGAGCUGACAGUCGGGUCUCAUGAGAGUUUGGCUUGGGGCGUGGGAGAGGAUAAUGUUCCUCCAAGCGCAUCUACUCACUUUUGGGGGAAGGCUUGA